UCUCAACUAUUCAAAAUCAUUGUCGAGCAAAGCUAAAUUUUAAUUUUCCCCAUUAUUUUUUCUUAAUUUUGUGCUACCCCGGGGGAAGAGGGUCGGUCAUUCUCGGUCACUACUCGGAUUCUGUGGGGGGAUAUUACGGUGUUUUUUUUUUUUUUUGGUUUGUCAAAAAAUCUGAAAGCAAAAAAUCGCUGUGUUUUGUUCGUGGUCUCUGUGCCUGUGUGUGUUUUGGUGUGAGUCUAAAAGAAAGAGAGUGAAAAUCGAAGAAGAAUUACGUUAAGAAAAUGCUAGAAAAAUGUAUUGUUCGUGUGAUAAGUUGAUGACACAUAUUUCACUUGUUUUGACCGCAUUCCUGCUGUUUUAUUUCAUCUGCCUGCCACCCAAUCUCACCCAAGUGGAAGCCUCUGCCGAGGAUGAAGCUGUUGCAAAAUGGGCCAGCCAAAUUGGCGACGAACUGUGGGAGCUUGCCCAGAUUAUGACUAAAUCGAAAGAGAUUAAAGCUAAAUACAAAGAGUACAAUGCCCGUGUAGAAUUUAAAAAUGGCACCGAGCUGAUAAAAUCCAUAACGGAAAAUGUGGGCCGCAUGUUGGCACGCAAAAUGGAUGCGGUGCGUUGCAUUAUGGAGGUGGCAGAAAGAGAAUUUGAAAAUUUCGUUUUCAAUGAAUCAGAGGCUGAAAAUUUCACUUAUUAUUCAAGUAAAUUUUCCAAAUUCAAUCAGAAUAGCUCGGAGGAGCUGAUAGGAGCAUUAAAAGAGGAAAAUGCAAAUAUGUACAAAGAUUUCGAACUUAACCCGGAUACACAUUUCUAUAAUAUAUCGGUGGAUACGGAACACAGUGCGGUGCAUGUGCCCUCCAAUGUGUAUGACAAACAUCCCCCCGUCUUGGAGACCAUAAUGUGGACGGAAAGUUUGGAUGCCAUAUUUAGACAAAACUAUAAGUCUGAUCCCGCUCUUUCGUGGCAGUAUUUUGGCUCUGACACUGGCAUUCUGCGUCAUUUUCCUGCCAUACAAUGGGACAAAUCCGCAGAGGAUGAAAAUGCCGACAUCUAUGAUUGUCGCAAACGCUCCUGGUACAUUGAGACAGCCACCUGCUCCAAAGAUAUUGUCAUACUGCUAGACAACUCCGGUUCCAUGGUGGGUUUUCCCCAACAUGUGGCCAAAUUCACCAUACGCAGCAUUUUGGAUACCUUCUCCAACAAUGAUUUCUUCACUGUCUUCAACUAUUCGGCCACGGUGGAUGAUGUUAUACCCUGCUUCCAGAAUGCUUUGGUCCAGGCCACCCCCGAGAAUAUACGAGUGUUCAAUCAUGCCAUAAGCAAGUUAAAACCUACCGGAUAUGCAAAUCUAACCAUAGCAUAUACCAAGGCCUUUGAAUUGCUUAAAGAGUAUUACCUGAAACGAGACUGCAACACGACGCGCAAGUGCAAUCAGGCAAUUAUGGUGGUCACCGAUGGUGUGGCCGGCAAUACCACCGAAGUCUUUGAGACCUAUAACUGGGGUGAUGGUGAAAAUGGCACCAUGAGCAUGAAUGUUCGAAUUUUCACCUAUCUGCUGGGCAAAGAAGUGACCAAGGUGCGGGAAAUACAAUGGAUGGCAUGUCUGAAUCGAGGCUAUUACUCCCAUGUGCAAACGUUAGAUGAGGUGCAGGAAGAGGCUUUAAAGUAUGUGGAUGUUAUAGCGACGCCGCUGGUUUUACAAGAUCGAGAUCAUCCGCCCACGUGGACGCAUGCAUUUACAGAUAAAACGUAUAAACCCGAAGAGAAUUCAACAAAUGCCCGUCUAAUGAUAGCGGUGGGUGUACCGGCAUUCGAUCGUUCCUAUACAAAACCUAAUGCGACAAAACAUGCUCGCUUACUGGGUGUGGCUGGUACCGAUGUGCCCGUUGAGGAUAUUGACAAAUUAACUUUGCCUUAUAAGCUGGGUGUCAAUGGCUACUCUUUUGUUGUGUCCAACAAUGGCUAUGUGUUGCUGCAUCCAGAUCUAAGACCCAUAGGCUACAACGGUGUGAUGAAUCCCAAUUACAACAGCAUUGACUUUACCGAAGUUGAACAACUCUCCGAGGACAAUUUACCGCGGCGGCCUGGAAACCUAAUUUUAAAUUUACGCGAACGUUUGGUUCACAAUGAGACUGGCGAGUUGGUGGGUGUUAGCGUCAAACUACACUAUGAUAAAAUGCGUCGGGUAACCGAUCAACAGCAGGAUUAUUUCUUUGCCCCCCUACCCAAUACUCCAUUCAGUUUGGGCAUUGUCCUGCCAAGUACCUAUGGCAAGACAUGGAUUAAAGUCGGCGAUGAAGUCUUGAAGAAUAUUCACAUGAAAGUGAACAUUUCGGAUUUCUUUGCGGGCGAUAAUUGGAAAGUCCAUCCCGAUUGGGUAUAUUGUAAAUACCAUUAUCUAGAGGGGCAUGAAUUCAAGACACCCGAAGAUGAGCUGAGACAUUUCCUCAAGAAAAUGGUACAACCCGAUUGGGGUUGGUAUGAACAAUAUGAAGAUGAUAUGGAGGAUGGCAAUUCGAAUGCAAAUUGUAGUCGCACCAAUUUAGAUGAGGAUGCCUAUUAUUGCAACAAGGAAUUGGUACAAUUACUGAUCUUCGAUGCCAAGGUCACUUACUCCAGUUAUGGCGUUUGGAAGUUCAAAAAUGAGGAGGAGAAAUCUUUAAUCGAACGUUUUGGUGCAAGUCAACGUUUUGUGGCCACCAUGAGUGGUUUAACACGUUGGCAAUUCAUCUAUGCUGAGGAUGAGGGUUAUAAUGAACGUGAAUUUGGUGAUUAUCAUACAAAGGCUAUUGAUGAGACUUGGUAUCGCAGUGCCAUAUUGCAACAUCAUUCGGAGUUAACCGAAACUUUUGUGUAUUCGGUGAAACAUGCUGCCGAUCCCAAUGAGCAUAAAAGCCCUCAGGUAACAGCUUCACAUGCAAUUUUCCCAAGAGAUGGUGGUAAAGAGGCUCCAGCAUGUGUGGUAGGUUUUCAGUUUUCCUAUGCGUUGAUGUAUGAACGUUUCUACAAUAUCACCAGUAAUGAUAAUUGCAAUGGCUGUAUAAAGACCUGUAACAGCGAUGAAAAGGAAUGCUAUGUCAUCGAUAACAAUGGCUAUAUUAUCUUGGCCCACAAUCCCAAUCAUACAGGCAUUUUCUUUGGAGAAUAUCAUGCUGAAAUUAUGCAAGCCAUGGUCCAAGCCAAAUAUUUCAAGGAAAUUAUUGUCUAUGAUUAUCAAUCGCUGUGCCCCAAUAGCACGGACAGACAUAGUGAUGCAAAUAUAAUUCUAAAUCCUGUGCAAUUUUUAAAUAUGGCCUGGAAAUGGUUCGUAGCCAAGCUCUUCUGGCAAUACAGUCGUAUACAAUGGUGGGUUCAAGGAGCUCCAUAUCUCGACUAUGAUGAAAAUGGUGAAUUAGAUUACAGCAACAUCAACGAACCCUAUAUGGAAAUAAAACCCAAAGGCGAUGCCGAUGGCGAUGAAAAAGAGCACAUUUUCCAUGAACCACCACCCGAACCGGUAUAUGUUCCUUGUGAUAAGAUAACCCGCUUAUACACCAUGGAUCCUGUGGAAGUGCAAAAAGAGAAUGAUUUUCGAGAUCCCAUUUACAAUAGUCGACCGUUUCAUGUUAAGAAAAUACCCAAUUCCAAUUUGUUGCUAAUUGUCAUAGAUGUACUAAAGCCAUCCAAGGGUAAUGUGGAUUUGUCUGUGGAACCUCAAAUGGUGGAGUAUGAUACUGAAUUUCCCUGUUAUAAACUCAAUAUGAGUUUCUUUACAAGACGACGCAUAGAGGAAUGUUUUACGGAAGAUGAAAAUGAAGAACAAUUUACCUAUUGUGGUGAUGCAACAGCAAUAACCCAUAACACAUUUAUUUUGGGCAUAACACUGUUUGUUGUUGUAAUAGCGCGACUUUUACAAUCCUAAAAUCCCAUAAAACCCAUCUAACGUAGUUUUCAAAAUCAAAUCUUAGCCAAAAAGGAUAUUUUUUUUUUAAUUUUUUAUGAUUUUUAAAAAAACAAAAAACAUAAACAAAAUACAUAAUCAGGGAUAUGGAACACACAAAUAGACAGACACACAACACUCACAGAGAUGGAGAGAUAAGAAGGUAUAACACCGCCCGCCCGCCCGACCGCCCUCCUUAGCCCCCCACACACACACACAAAUUUGCCAAAGGAAAUGUACCAAAGAAAAAAUAUUUUUUGUUUUUACAACAAAGUCUACAUCAAAUGCCAAAUGGAAACGGCCAAUACAAAGCCACACAACGUCCAACGUAACAAAAAGAAAAAAAAUUAAGAGAAAACCUUAGAAAAACUUGUGAAAGUCUUACACACACUAUUAGUUAAAUGUUUUUAAUUCUAAAAAUAGUUUUAUUUGUUUAAAGAAAAAUGGAAAGAAAAUCUUAAAAACCUAAAAACUCCUAAACGAAAAUAACAAAAAAUGUUCAGUCGAUUAUUUUUUUAAGGAAAUUGUAAAUUUUUAUACCAAAACAAAAAAAACAACAAAACUGCAAAGCAAAAAAUAUAGAUUUUUUUUAUAUAAAAACAAAAACAAA